GUCAAUUGUAGGUUAGUCUUUUACUCUCAAAGUUGCCGAAAUUUCAUCAUUUGUUGCCCAAUUUGUUUCAAUAUUGUUCUGAUUUUAUUUAAAAGCGGUACUUAAAUAUAGUAAUUAAACAUGGUUGAGAAUAGCAAAUUAACUAUAGAUGAAAAAUUUCACCUAAUAUCCAGAAACCUGCAGGAAAUAUUAGGAGAAGAUAGAAUUAAAGCAGUAUUGAAAGAACGUGAUUUGAAGUUGUAUUGGGGCACAGCUACAACGGGUAAACCUCACAUUGCAUACUUUGUUCCAAUGUCCAAGAUUGCUGACUUUCUCAGAGCUGGCGUAGAAGUUACCAUUCUUUUUGCUGAUCUUCAUGCAUAUUUAGAUAAUAUGAAGGCACCUUGGGAACUUUUAGAGCUUAGGGUUCAGUAUUACGAACAUUGCAUUAAAGCUAUGCUAAAAUCUAUUGGAGUUCCAUUGGACAAACUUAAAUUUGUGAAGGGAACAGACUACGAAUUGUCUAAAGAAUACACACUAGAUGUUUACAAAAUGACUUCAGUUGUUACAGAACAUGAUGCAAAGAAGGCUGGAGCUGAAGUUGUUAAACAAGUAGAAAAUCCUUUACUAAGUGGUCUUCUGUAUCCUAGUUUGCAAGCACUGGAUGAAGAGUAUCUUAAAGUUGAUGCACAGUUUGGAGGAAUCGAUCAAAGAAAAAUCUUUACAUUUGCAGAAAAAUAUUUACCGCAAUUAGGAUACAAAAAGAGGGCUCACCUUAUGAAUCCAAUGGUGCCAGGAUUAACAGGAACGAAAAUGUCCUCUUCAGAAGAAGACAGCAAAAUUGAUUUACUUGACUCUCCUGCCAAUGUAAAAAAGAAACUAAAGAAAGCUUUUUGUGAACCUGGAAAUAUCGAAAACAAUGGUUUGCUUUCUUUUGCUAAGCAUGUUAUAUUUCCUUUAUUAAAACCAGAUGAGAAAUUCGUGAUUUCUAGGAAACAAGAAUAUGGAGGAGACUUAAACUUUUCCGUUUAUGAAGAUCUGGAACAAUCUUUCGCCAAAGAAGAUGUCCACCCAGGUGAUUUAAAGGGAGCUGUGGAAAUGUAUAUUAAUAGGUUGUUAGAUCCAAUUAGAAAAAUUUUUGAGUCUGCUGAAUUGAAGAAACUAGCUGAAAAGGCAUAUCCAUCACCAAACAAAAACAAAGCCCCUGCCAAUCAAAACGCCACUACAGAUGAAAUCGUCCCAAGCAGAUUAGAUAUUCGUGUUGGAAAAAUUGUUGAAGUGUCGAAACAUCCUGAAGCUGAUAGUCUCUAUGUUGAAAAAAUCGAUUUAGGAGAGGAAAAACCUAGAACCAUCGUAAGUGGUUUAGUUAAUUUCAUACCCAUCGAAGAGAUGCAGGACCGAAUGGUGGUGGUGCUCUGUAACCUUAAAGCAGCAAAAAUGAGAGGAGUGGAAUCCCAAGGAAUGGUUUUGUGUGCUUCAGUGGAUAUUCCCAAACAAGUAGAAACCCUCAUACCGCCAGAAGGUGCCAUCCCUGGUGAAAGAGUAGUAAUAGAAAAUUUCGAAGACGGAAAGCCGGAUGACGUUUUAAAUCCUAAGAAAAAGGUCUGGGAAAAAUUGCAAGUUGACUUGAAAACAAACACAGAAUGUAUAGCACAGUGGCAGGGAAAUAAUUUAGUUACGAAAUCUGGCGGCAAAAUACGAAGUAAAACAAUGGUUGGUGCUCCAAUUAAAUAAGUGCUACUUAAUUUCUAUGUGUAUUUAUUUGAAGGCAUUUACGAUAAAGUCAGCUUUUUAA